UAAACUCAACUCUCCCGCAAAAAUGACUGUUCUUUCCUGCAACGUCAAUUCUAUUCUCUCUUUAUCCUUUCCAAAUUCCCUAGAUCCUUCGUCACUUGCUCUUCCUUUUCACCAGGUACGCUUCAUUCCCUCGCGCAGACGCAGCAUCCACAGAACCCUUAACAUGGCUCAGCCCAGUUCCGCCCACCUUGCACAAAACCCAGUAAUGCAGCAACAGAGAGUUGUAAUACCAAAUAAACAUGGAGAAAAACUUGUUGGAACAUUACAUGAGACUGGAUCUAAGGAAAUUGUGAUCUUGUGCCAUGGAUUUCGAUCCACAAAGGAAGAUACUACUAUGGUGAACCUUACUAGUGCUUUAGAAAAAGAAGGAAUCACAGCUUUCCGAUUUGACUUUUCUGGAAAUGGGGACAGUGAAGGUUCCUUUCAGUAUGGCCAUUAUUUAAGAGAAGCUGAAGACUUACGAGCCGUGGUUGAGCACUUCAAUGGAGCAAGCCGUGUCACAAGUGCAAUCCUUGGCCAUAGUAAAGGUGGAAAUGUGGUGCUUCUGUAUGCGUCAAAGUAUCAUGAUAUCACUACAGUUGUCAAUGUUUCUGGUCGUUACAAUUUGAAAAGAGGCAUUGAAGAACGCAUGGGUAAAGAUUUCUUUGAAAGAGUCACGAAGGAUGGAUACUUCGAUGUUAAAAGUAAAACUGGAGAAGUUGUAUAUCGAGUGACUGAGGAAAGUUUGAUGGAUCGCCUAAAUACGAACAUGCAUGAAGCAUGCCUUCAGAUUGACAAAAACUGCAGGGUCUUGACUGUCCAUGGUUCGGCUGAUGAAAUCAUUCCUGUGGAAGACGCCUUGGCUUUUGCGGAGAUCAUUCCUAAUCACAAAUUACACAUUGUUGAUGGAGCCAACCAUUGUUACACAUCUCAUCAAGAUGAGUUAUCCUCAAUUGUUUUGCCAUUCAUAAAAGAAGGCCUGCAGCAAGGCAACACCAUAUAUUAGAGUUGUACUAUGCCCCAUUAUUCUUACAUGUUUCAUGGGGUUUCACGUUUCAAGCUUUUUAAUUCUUUACCUGGCGGUGUCUGACUCCUUUAUCCUCAAGCAGACUUUUUAGUGCCAAAACAACUUGCUUAUAGGCACCAAAUCUAUAAUUGUCUGAAAGCUAAUGAGCUCCGAUUCUGUUGAAUUUUUGCUGUCUCGUGACCAUAAUAUAUUGUAUUACAGUUUCAUGUUGUUGUAAUUUUCCAAAAGGCUCACUUCUAUUUAUCAUGAGUGAUUACUUAGCCGAGUAUGUUUUUCAAUCUUCCA